AUGCCUCAGCAAUUGAGCUCUAAGGACUCGUCGCUGUUCCGACAAGUGGUCCGCCACUAUGAAAACAAGCAGUACAAGAAGGGUAUCAAAACGGCCGAUCAAAUUCUACGCAAGAAUCCCAACCAUGGCGAUACACAAGCGAUGAAGGCUCUCAUCAUGAGCAACUUGGGACAACUGGAGGAAGCGUUCGCUUUGGCCAAGACGGCGCUUAAGAACGAUAUGAAGUCUCAUGUGUGCUGGCACGUUUUUGGUCUUCUCUACAGAGCCGAGAAAAACUACGAGGAAGCUAUCAAAGCCUACAGAUUCGCUUUGAGACUCGAACCGGACUCGCAGCCUAUCCAACGUGACCUCGCUCUCCUUCAGAUGCAGAUGAGAGAUUAUCAGGGUUAUAUACAAAGUCGCAACACAAUGCUCCAAGCUCGACCAAAUUUUAGACAGAAUUGGACAGCCUUAGCGAUCGCUCAUCAUCUCGCUGGGAAUCUGACCGAGGCCGAGAACGUACUCAAUACCUACGAAGAGACUCUGAAGACGCCUCCACCCAGGACAGAUAUGGAACAUUCUGAGGCUGUCUUGUACAAAAAUACAAUAAUCGCAGAGUCUGGUGAUCUGGAAAGAGCACUAGAGCAUCUUGAGACCGCUGGAAAGCGCUGCUCAGAUGUCUUGGCCGUCAUGGAAAUGAAAGCGGAUUACCUUCUUCGCCUCGACCGAAAGACGGAAGCUGAGGCGGCUUAUGCUGCUCUUCUUGAUAGGAACCCCGAAAACUCUCACUACUAUGACGGUCUUAUUAAGGCAAAGGGGCUUGUGGAUACAGAUCACAAAGCUCUCAAGGCCGUGUAUGAUGGGUUCGUGGAGAAGUUCCCUCGCGGUGAUGCUCCUCGGCGCAUUCCCCUAGACUUCCUCGAGGGCGAUGAAUUCAGAGAAGCUGUUGAUAGCUAUCUCCAGCGCAUGUUGCGCAAAGGAGUCCCGUCUCUGUUCGCCAACAUAAAGGUCCUCUACGAUCGUCCAGCCAAGCGGGACACUGUCCAAGAACUUGUCGAAGGAUAUGCGUCGGGAAAGAUACAAUCACAAACGAACGGCUCAUCUGAGUCCCAAAAGCCUGAAGACAAGACCACGUUUGAGGCUUCGACUUUCUAUUUCCUUGCUCAGCACUACAACUACUAUCUCAGUCGAGAUCUCCAAAAGGCUCUGGAUUAUGUCGAAAAGGCAAUAGCUCUUGUUCCAAAGUCUGUUGACUAUUACAUGACGAAAGCAAGGAUAUACAAACAUUAUGGAGAUCUUCCCAAAGCGGCCGAAAUCAUGGAGGAAGCGAGGAAGCUCGAUGAGAAAGAUCGCUAUAUCAACUCUAAAGCAGCCAAGUACCGACUCCGCAAUGAUGAGAACGACAAGGGACUUGAAGAUAUGAGCAAGUUCACUAGGAACGAGACUGUUGGUGGCACUCUAGGUGACCUCCAUGAAAUGCAGUGUGUAUGGUACUUGACAGAAGAUGGGGAGUCAUACUUGCGACAGAAGAAACUUGGACUUGCAUUGAAGCGAUUCCAUGCAGUUUACAACAUUUUCGACACAUGGCAAGAGGACCAGUUUGACUUCCACAGCUUCUCACUACGCAAAGGCAUGAUUCGAGCAUAUGUCGAUAUGGUUCGAUGGGAAGACCACUUGCGAGAUCAUCCAUUCUACACUCGAAUGGCAUUGUCUGCGAUCAAGACUUAUGUUUUGCUGCAUGAUCAACCCGAUCUUGCUCAUGGCCCGAUGUUUGCGAACCUGAAUGGUGCGGAUGAAGAAGAGAGAAAGAAGGCAAUCAAGAAGGCUAAAAAGGAGCAACAGCGGCUAGAAAAGGCUGAAGCUGAAAAGCAGGAGCUGAAAAAGGCCAGUGCUGCCAACGCCAAAGGUGCUGAUGGCGAAGUUAAGAAGGAGGACACUGAUCCUUUGGGCAACAAGUUGGUUUCAACAACAGAUCCUCUUAAGGAUGCCCUGAAGUUCCUCGUACCUUUACUAGAAUUCAGUCCUGGCGAUAUUCGCGCUCAGAACGCCGGAUUCGAAGUCUACGUCCGAAGACAAAAAAACGCCCUUGCCUUGAAAUGCCUACUUGCUGCAUAUGCUAUCGAUUCAUCGGACCCGACAUUGCAUGUCCAACUCGUACGCUUCCGACUCGCACUCAACAAUUUGUCAGAGCCACUACCCGAGAAAAUAUCCGACGUUAUUUUGAAAGAAUUCGAGACUAUCCUCCCCAAAUCCACAAACCUCAGUGAAUGGAACAACUCUUAUUUGAUAUCACACAAGGAGAGUGUAGACCAUGUGCGCGCCGCGCUCUCAGCUCGUUUACUCAUCUCCCCUAAUGAAAAGGCGGCAUGUGAGAAAGAACUUGUCUCAACGCUGGACCUUGCCAGCACGACUUUAGAAAAGGCAAUCUCUGGAUUAGAAACGUUGGACGAGUGGAAAGCGGACCCUGCUACCAAAGAAGCAUACAAUGAAAAAGCCCACAAUAAGUGGAAGGAGGCCUCUGCAUUUACCUCACAGUAAAGCAGAAGUGAACCCUUGCUUUUACCUUUGUUCUUUAAUUCAUCUUUGCUUGCAUGCAUUUGAGGGUUGUACUUUUUCCAGCGUGUGAUGGGUGAGGAGAGUCAUGGUUGAAGUUUGAGAUGCUCAGUGGGAAAAUUAACCUUGAUGAAAGUUAUGAUGGAGGUUUGAUUCUAGCAUUUGCAUAGUCAUAUGAUUAUGAUACCAUAUCAUUGUCCAGUAUGCAAUGCUCAUGUAUCAUAGAGCCACAAAAAGGGAA